CACUAACAUAACCCCCGUCAUAUAAUCAUUGGAUCAAACUCCAGAAAACAACCCAACAGAAAAUAACUUCAAAAAAAAAACACCAUGAAGCAGAUUCUUCAGCCAUCUUCAAUCUCUUCUUCUGCAACUAGUCCUCUUCUAAGAAAACCCCGUCUCUCUCCUUACCUCUUCACCUUACUCGCUUUCAUCGUCUUCGUCGCCAUUCUCUACGGCGAGGAUUUCAUGUGCAUUUUCAGCCAACUCGAGCCCAGCAGCACCAACUCGGGUCGACCCAUCUUGCGAACCACCGAGAAGAAAAAAGAAAAGCUGCCGUUCGCUAUAGGGAGGCUGCAGGGGAAAGCCAUGGAAGAGUGCGACGUGUUCAGUGGGAGGUGGGUGAAGGAUGAGUUGACUCGGCCGCUUUACCAGGAAUCGGAGUGUCCGUACAUUCAGCCUCAGCUUACAUGUCAAGAACAUGGCAGGCCUGAUAAGGAGUACCAGUUCUGGAGAUGGCAGCCUCAUGCCUGCUCUCUUCCCAGUUUUAAUGCAACGUUGAUGCUGGAAAGCCUAAGAGGAAAGAGGAUGAUGUUCGUGGGAGACUCAUUGAACAGAGGAAUGUAUGUUUCCAUGGUCUGUCUUCUUCAUUCACUCAUUCCUGAACAUGCCAAGUCCAUGAAAACCUUUGAUUCACUGACCGUCUUCACAGCCAAGGAGUACAAUGCGACAAUCGAAUUUUAUUGGGCACCAUUUCUUCUGGAAUCAAAUUCAGACAACGCAAUAAUACAUAGAGUAUCGGAUAGAAUAGUAAGGAAGGGGUCCAUUAACAAGCAUGGCCGCCAUUGGAAAGGUGUUGAUAUAUUGGUAUUCAACACUUAUUUGUGGUGGAUGACUGGUUUGAAGAUGAAGAUCCUACAAGGACCAUUUGACGAACAAGAGAAGGAAAUAGUGGAGGUGUCAACUGAGGAUGCUUAUAGAAUGGCAAUGAAGAGUAUGUUGAGAUGGGUGAAGAAAAAUAUGGAUGUCAACAAGACAAGAGUUUUUUUCACUAGCAUGUCACCUUCCCAUGGAAAAAGUAUAGAUUGGGGAGGUGAACCGGGCCAAAAUUGUUAUAACGAAACAACAAUAAUCAAAGAUUCAGAGUAUUGGGGCUCAGAUUGCAGAAAAAGUAUAAUGAAAGUAAUAGGAGAAGUGUUUAGCAAAUCAAAAGUUCCCAUUACAUUUCUUAAUAUCACACAACUUUCGAGUUAUCGCAGAGAUGCACAUACUUCUAUCUACAAGAAACAAUGGAGUCCAUUAACACCUGAACAGUUGGCUAACCCUGUAAGCUAUGCUGAUUGUGUGCAUUGGUGUUUGCCUGGCUUGCAAGAUACUUGGAAUGAGCUUCUCUUUACCAAGCUCUUUUAUCCUUGAAUUCAUUAAGGUUUUUUUUUUUUUUUCU